AGUCGACCGAUAGGAUGUGUGCAUGGGAAUGGAAUGGAUUGGAUUGGGUUAAUGAGAAUGUGUAACUUUGAUCGUCGACUCGGCACUCGGCACUCGGCUAGGUACACCGCCGCGUGAAUUGUCGUUAUCAUAACUGUAAGAAUCCGCCAAGUACAUACUCGUACUACUCGUACAACGAAAGCGAGGUAAGCGUAAGUACUCGUACGACGGCAACUCCGACUCCGACUACGGGUAUUAGAAAGUCACAAGUCAAUGCUAUUUUGACGAGUACGGUAGCUUUUCGAUGUGCGGUCUGUGUUCCAGUGCCAGUGCCAGUGCCAGUGCCAGUGCGGAUUCUCUGCUGUUAUCACUUAUCAGCAAAACAGUGCGGCUUCUUUGAAAAGUUUGGCGACUAAUCGGCGACAUUUCACUCGUACCUACUCAUUUGCGUGUCGAUAAUUUUGCGCGAAUUUUAUUAUCAUUUUUUUCAAUUUUUUUUCUCACAUAAGUCGAUUUUUUUAAAAUCAUAAAUUCAUUUUUUUUCAAAAGUGAUUCGAUAAUUUGACCGAUUUUUUUUGUGCUCAAAUACGUAUCUGAAUCUGACCGAGUGCAUUGUCGCGUUGAAUUUUCGUAGUGCGCUGUAUUCAAAUUCACCCACUAUCCGAUGAAUCUGAAAUUAGGUUACUCGUAAGGAGAUGAAGUUUCCGUCGUCAUGGAAGAUGAUCGGCGUACUUGCGGUGUAAAAAAAAAGAAAAAAAGAAACGAGUACGAUAAAAUUGAAAUACUGCACGGCGCCGCGACCCCGCCAAAGGGCGACAUAAUCCGCCGAUGGAUCGUAGAAGGUGAAAAUGAAGACUGCCAGUUCGCUACUCGUCAGUCAGUUAAAUCAAAAAUAUACCAAAGGGCCAUUCUCAGACGAGAUGAUAAGAAAGAAAAAACGAAAAAGACCUUGGUGGAGGGAGAAAAUUCAAUCGACUGCCUUUUUUACAAUUAUUUUAUUUAUAGCGUUUGAUUUAACUUCGGCAUCGUCGCAUGAUGACGAUCGUAACGGUUGGCUGUCUGCAAAUAAUGUGUUCACCUAUCAUAAUGGGAUAAAUAAUGAAAUUGAUGUACCAAGGACUGAUAUAGACGAAAAAGGCGUCGUCGGCGGCGGCGGUGGUACUCCGUGGGCGAGUGCUUCUGAAGAAGCGUUCGAUGAACGACGAGACGCUGAGAUAUUUCGCGCCGUAGUGUAUUCGAUAGCCGAUUGGAAGGAAAGGCAGCGAAUUCGCCACGCCAAAGAACAAAAUCACGGUAAAUUACGUAAAAAACGAUCUCAAGACGAUAGUAAAUCGAACAGUAGCGAAAAAGAAAAAAAGCUAGACGAUGAAACGGCAGAAAAAGAACCAUUAAAAGUAUGCUACGACGAAUUAGGUUGUUUUCAAGAAGCCGGUUAUAUCGAUUUAUUGCCAAACUCUCCCGAAGAAGUAAAUACUAGGUAUUUGCUUUAUAAUUCGCGUCGUAGUCGAGGCGAUACGCCAUUGUUGGACGUAUCCGCUCAAAAUAUCUCUUCGAUAUGGGAAUGGGCUGGCAAAGCUUUCAAUGUCUCAGCACCUACCAAAGUCAUCAUUCACGGUUUCGGCAGCUCGUGCUCCAAUGUCUGGGUCUACGAGAUGAGAUCUGCCCUAAUGUCUGUGGAAGAAUGUAACAUAAUCUGCGUAGAUUGGGAAGCCGGCGCGACGAUACCAAAUUACGUUAGAGCAGCAGCCAAUACGAGAUUGGUGGGAAAACAAGUGGCCAUAUUAUUGUCCGGACUGGAGAAAUAUGUAAAUUUAUCCGUACGUAACGUACAUGUGAUCGGAUUCAGUUUAGGAGCGCAUGUAGCCGGCUUUGCUGGAUCGGAAUUGAAAAACCUUAGUCGAAUUACAGGACUCGAUCCAGCCGGACCGUUGUUCGAAAGUCAAGACAGAAGAGCUCGUUUAGACUCGAUGGAUGCUCAAUUCGUCGACGUAAUUCAUUCAAACGGGGAAAAUCUGAUAUUGGGAGGACUAGGCGCCUGGCAGCCGAUGGGGCACGUUGACUUUUACCCAAACGGUGGCAGAAUGCAGAAAGGAUGUACGAAUCUGUUUGUGGGCGCUGUUUCCGACAUGAUUUGGUCGACCAUUUACGUUUCAGCCGCUAACGAAGUUUAUGGAAGGAGUCUGUGUAAUCAUAGAAGAGCGUAUAAAUUUUUCACCGAUAGUGUAUCGCCAAAAUGUCAGUUUCCGGCGGUGCCGUGCGAGUCGUACGAUCAUUUUAUCGAAGGGAAGUGUUUCCCGUGUCAGAAUUUAAAAGACUGUAAUAAUAUGGGUUAUUAUGCCGAUAAAUUCUCUGGCCGAGGUACUUUGUAUCUUUUAACCAGAGAUGAAGAACCUUUCUGCGCAAAUCAAUAUAUGGUAAAAGUUGAAAAUUCACCCGAUAAGGACCCAUCAUCGGUGGAAAAAUCGGUGACAUUUGGAAAAAUCCAAAUCACUCUAAUCGGAGACUUGGAACUGAACGAAACUUUCGUCAUAACUCAGAAGAAAGAUGAAAAAUUGAUCAGCGGAGAUUCCGUAAGCAGAAUAAUAGUACCGCAUCCCGCGUUGCAGAAUUUUUUAGAAAUUCAAGUACUCUACGUAGCUUAUAACGGAUGGUUAUCCAGCGGUACGUCGAAAUGGCGAAUAAAUAAAAUUUCUCUCACCAACAGCUACGGCCAUGUAUUAUCAGCUUGCAGAGAAGAUCUAGUAUUAGAAACCGGUGUUCCCGUUAUUCUCGAAUUAGUGCCCAGAAAUUGCAACAUACAUGAAAUAAAUCAAACUUUUACUAGCGUUGAAAUGAAUAACGCGGGCUUCGCGAACGAAUUUCAUCGCAACAAAAGCUACGAAAAUACGUACCCCAGAACCCAAGUGGUCCGCAUCGGCAACGAAAUUCUAACGAAUCGCAACCACAGCGGUAGCAGCAAUAUCGAUAAUGUUACUAAAAUCGGUAUCGGCGUUACCGAAUACAUAAACGAUCCUUGGAAACAGAAAGGAGACCUGGCCGAAGUACCUUCCAAUUUACACAAUCAUUUAGACGAUACGAAAUUCGACAACGGCGGUGCCCGGCAUUUAAAGUACAUAAACGCCGUCGACGUGGAAAAAUCGUCCAACCAGUCACUAGAUAUCUCUUCAACGAGCAGCGUCGCAUCCGAGGCGGACUCGUCGACGUCUAGAAAAAAAGAUAGCAACCCUUACGAAUUCGUUACCGAACAAUUAUCGGCUGCGGCUGCCGCUUCGGGCACUGUUGUUGUUUUAGAUUCGGAAGCGGCUAAAUUAGAAUCGGAGAUUACCGAACCGGUUCUAAAGCCGAGGGCAUCGGGUACGCUGAGGACCCGUAAAUCGCAACAUACGCACAGGCCGCAAUACGGUAAAUCGAUGAAUGUGGUGAAUCCUAACUGGCGAUCGACGUCGACUACUUAUGCGAAAGCUCUCGCUAAUACGAUAUUCUUAUCGCCGACGACUAUGUCGUCGCACUAUCAAAACUCCACCGUUGCGACCGGAUCCGGUUCGGCGGUCACCGGUUCUCCUUCGGAUAUCGUUAACGCAGCAGGCGGUAUUCGGUCGACGAAAAAUACCGAAGAGAAGCCUCGCAAAUACGAAGACGGUAAGAAUUCGUCGUCGUUGUUUGUCGUACAAUUCUUACCGCAAAAAUUGAUAUCGUUUUUCGAGCAAGCUGAGAGAUACGCUCGGAUGGCAUUUUUACCUUUUAUUACGCCUUCCGAACGUGACGGUGCUAAAAGCACCACUGAACGGUCUCGAAGAAUACGUACGUUUAGUACGAAUCGAUGGACCAACGUGGCUAGCAAAGAGACGUCUAACGAAAGACGCGACUUGAACGUAGACGAGACACGUAACGUUGCUCCUAUUGUGGUCGCAGCUCCUGCUAAAACCUCAGACUUUCCUUACGCUUUUCAUCAAUCUCGUAGUCAGUUAUGGCAGCAAAUGUCGUACGAAGAUAGCGAACGUAAAUAUAUACCUUUAACCGAACCUAAAACUACAUUCGAAGCUGAACAAUUAACCAGCAAUACUCGAUCGGAGGAUGAUCCGAAAUGAUUAUUUUUUUACAUGUACUUAUUUUAUACGAGUUUUUCUUUCCUAUAUGUUUCAAAUUAUGAUUACUAUUACUGUUUUGUAAUGAAAAUAAAACGUUGAAAACGAUAA